AGAAUUAACAGACCUCUGGGACGCUUUCGCCAGGACAAUGCGGAUCCUCGUUUUACUUGCCUGUUUGGGCGUGGCCUUUGGCCAGCAGCUCACAAUAACCAGUAGCUGGAACGGCGGGUUCCAGGGAUUCUUCACGAUGAACCCCGACCAUGACCUGCACGGAUGGAAGGUCCAUCUCCACUUUGACAAGCCAGUCGAUAAUCUGGAGAUAUGGCGAGCGGAAGUAGAGUCACAUUCGCCGACGGAGUGGGUCGUGCACAAUGUCGCAUACGACGCCGACCUCAGCCCCGGAGCCAAUUACCAGGUUGACUUUGUAGCCCGGGCGGGCGGGGAUCAGCCCGCUCACGGAACCUACUCUAUUGAAGGUGCUGGUUCGGCGGCCACAAACCCUCCGGGUGGCAAUCCAGGCGGCAAUACUGCCGCCCCUGGCGGUGGCAACCCUAUCACGGCCGCCCCGUCCAGUGGCACAGCAGGCUCAACUAUGAAGUACGACUACGCAAAAGCUCUCGGCAUGUCCAUCCUGUUCUACGACGCCCAGAGGUCUGGAAGACUUCCAGCUAAUAACCCCAUUUCCUGGAGGGGCGACUCCGCAGUCAACGAUGGCGCCGACGGACACGAUCUUAGUGGGGGAUGGUACGACGCCGGUGACCACGUCAAGUUUAACCUUCCGAUGUCUUUCUCUUCCUGGGUGCUCAACUAUGGCUUCAUCAAGUUCCAGGACGCUUAUGAAAACUCCGGACAGAAAGACAUGAUGUGCGACAUGGCCAAAUGGCCGUUGGAGUACUUCUUGAAAUGUUGGAUUCCAGAUCAACAAACUCUAUACGUCCAGGUUGGCGAUGGUUACGCUGACCACGGUUACUGGGGCCGCCCGGAGAACAUGCACAUGGGAAGACCCGCGUACAAGGUGAACGCCGGAUGCCAUGGCUCUGACGUCGCUGGUGAUACUGUGUCAGCCAUGGCCUCAGGCUAUCUUGUCUACAAGGAUAUAUGUGGUGAUACCGCGUUCGCUGAUCGUCUGCUCACCGCCGCCAAAAGUCUCUACACAUUUGCCAAGAACAAUCGUGGCAAAUAUACAGACUGUGUAACACAGGCUAAAGACUUCUACGGGUCAACAGGAGAUGCUGAUGAGCUGGCGGGUGCAGGAGCAUGGUUGUACAAGGCCACGGGAGAAGCAGGUUACUUGAAUGACGCCAAGCAAUUCUACCCCGCCGGAACGGCUUGGGGAUUCGGUUGGAACGACGCCAACGUCGGCGUAGCUCUGUUGCUUUAUGAAGAGACGAAGGGGGCAACAUACAAGAACGACAUCGACAGUUAUCUGCACAGCUACAUGCCCGGUGGCAGUGUAGCAAUGACCCCGUGUGGAAUGUCCUUCAGGGACAAGUGGGGACCAGCCAGAUAUGCCGCUAACGCUGCGUUUGUGGCAGCUGUUGCCGCCGCCGACGGACUAUCACCCGACGCGUACAAAAACUACGCCAUGUCACAGAUCAACUAUCUUCUUGGAGAUAACAAACUUCACAUUAGCUACGAGAUCGGAUUCGGAGACCAUUUCCCGAGGAAGCCACAUCAUCGUGGAAGUUCCUGCCCAACCACCACGACCUCGUGCAACCCCGGAAGCGGGGCGGACAACCCUAACGUGCUGAUCGGUGGCCUUGUUGGUGGACCCGACCAGGGCGACAACUACGACGAUCGACGGGAUGAUUACGUGAAAAACGAGGUCGCCUGCGACUACAAUGCCGGCUUCCAAGGAGCCCUCGCUGGUCUGUAUCAUUUCUCUGUCAACAACGCACUUCCGGCAGCUCCUGCUGCAAGAUGCUAAACGCCGAAGAAUUCCAAAUAGCUAAAUCCGUUCAAUGAAUGUUAAAGAACGGGAAAUUCCAAAUAGCAUAGAGUAUUAGUAUAAAUUCUGUAAAGUUUUGUGUACCUUAUAUAUCAAUUCAAUAAAGAAUACCAAUAUG